UGUUACAUUUCUCAGCAGCAUCUGUGGAAUAUUAGCAACUAUUGUAUCAAUUCUAACAGCUGCCUGUAAUGAAACUUGGAUUCUGCUCAUCCUGGACAAAGAAGAAAUCUAUAAAUUAAAUGUAUCAAUUUAGAAUAGUAAGAAAAGAAGAGAGUAUUUAUAACCUAAGGGUAGAAUGAUAUCGCUCACCUUUAUAAUUAACUAAUAUAACAGGGCUGAUAUGUUAUGCUGUGCUAAGUUAAUGGCAGCACCACACAAAUUAGGAACUAUAUAAGCGCACAAAAAGUGAUCAAAAUGCUUCUAAGAUAAUAGCUGAGGUUGAAAAAAAGACUGUAGUACCUGUAACAUGCCGCAUGCGAUGAUGUCAUUAAUGAUGUCACUCAAGUGGCACCUGCCAUAGGGCUACACUGGUUGACAGUUGGAAAGUCGUUGGUGAGAGAGGAGAGAGGCGACAGAGAGAUAGGAGGUAGGAGAGACGACGGAGAGGUAGGAGAGACGACAGAGUGCAUUUUUUUGGUUAAAAUGGAGAAGGAGCGAGUUGAUUUAGGACCAGCAGUGACUAUGGACACUAAAAGGAAGAGAGAGAGUAAAGAAGAGAAAGGACCAGGGAAGAAGAAGGGAAAGAAGAAACACCAUGAAGAGAAAUCAGAGGGGAAGACUGGAAGAAGAGACAGCGACCAUUAUUCUGAAGAGCGUCCCAAGAAGAAGGAAAAAAGGUCCAGGGAAAACAGCCCAGAAGGUGAAAGUGCCCAGAAGAGACCCCGUGCUGAUCCUGAAGGGCCGAACCUGCUGCAUAUUUCAAACUACACCUUCCAUUCCGUGAUUGGUGGAGGAGGAUUUGGCAAGGUUAUGUUGGCUUCAUUAAAAGACAGGAGAUCAAAGGUGGCAGUUAAAAUCUUAAAGAAAAAGCCCGGGAGUAGCAGUAACAUCCAGACCGAGGCAAAUAUACUGAAGCUGACAAGCGGAAGCCCAUACCUGUGCCAAGGAUUUGCCGCUUUUCAAACACAGCGGCAUGCCUUCCUCAUCAUGGAAUAUGUCAGCGGGGGAAGCCUGAGGGAUCAGCUGGAGAGUCACGGCCCACUGGACAUGACCAGAGUCGAGUUAUAUUCUGCAGAAAUAGUUUGUGGUCUCCAGUUCCUUCAUGACAACGGCAUCGUUCAUAGGGAUCUCAAACCAGACAAUAUUCUAUUGGACCAUGAGGGUCAUAUAAAAAUAGCAGAUUUUGGCAUGGCCAAGCAGAACAUUUUUGGCAGUAGAACCAUCACUGGCCAGGCUGGAACACUCGACUACAUGGCUCCGGAGAUCCUCUCAAACAAGGGUUACAAUGCGGCGGUGGACUGGUGGGCAUGUGGAGUCAUCAUCUGUGAAAUGGCCACCGGAGAGAUCCCAUUCCCAGAUGACAGCGAUGAUGAGGACUUCAGCGACGAACCCAACAUCCCUUCCUGGCUGAGUAAGGAUCUCAAAGAUCUGCUGCGAAAGCUACUGGAGAGGAAUCCUGACCGGCGUCUUGGUGUAUAUGGCAACAUCAGACAGCACCCAUUCUUUUCAGCCAUUGACUGGGAGGAGCUGGAAUGGCCGCCAGUACCAUCCCCUUUCGACCUUGAAACAUCAUCAAGGGAGCAGAUGAAGCCAUACGAAGGAAAGGCUCUAUCGUUCCUGGAGUCCCAGAAGAACAACAACGCAUCAGGGGACACAAUGAACAUUCCAGGCCUUUCCUUCAUAGAUUCUACUUUGCAGGAUUAAGUUUCUAAGGCUCAGUCAUGCAAUUCCAUCAGCAUGAAAUAUGAAACAUCAGUAACCAUCAUCCAUAGACUUUGGAACAAGAAGAUCUCCACCUGCUGCAUUGAGACACCAUCAUACUCUGCAAUGCCUGGUCAUACCAUCUGAUCCAGUGCCACCUGGGAAACACCAUCUAGACCUCACCCAGUAACAUCAGGAAGAGGUAAGUAUAUUUAUAUUUAUUUAGAGCGAAUGGUGCGUGAUUGUGUGAGAGAAUGUGAGAUAUGAAAGGCUAAGGAUGUAACAGGACAGGCAGAGAUGGCUCCUCUUAUAGGAACCAAAUUCCAUCAGGCUCUGCUGUCUGUCUGUGAAGCCCAUGCCCUGUUUUAAUGCGCAGACAACUGAUCCAGAUCAGGAAGGGUUUUUUUCCCCUUCUGUAGCAAAUUGGCCCCCGCUUCAGAUGGGUUUUUUCUUUCCUCUGGAUCAGUUGGAAUGUGCAAAGGGUUGUGCUUCACAGACAUGUCUUUAUCAGCCUCCAUAGUUAUACUGUUAUUAUUAUUCUACUAUUGUUCUAAUGUUAAUGUUAAGUAUUAGAUAUGUUAUAGGAGGCAAGGCCUGUUAUGCCCGGAGUGAAUGGUGUGUGAAUGGCCAGUAACAUGGUUGAAGCCUUGGCGUGGCGUUACUGCUCACAUGAGUAUAAACAGUGCCAGGCCAAGUCGGUUGGGUGCCCUAAGCAACCCGGCCGACCACGUUGUGCAUGUGCAGAAGAGUGCAAGUGGCGAGAUAUCACGAGUGCGCCUGCGCAGAAAAGCGGAAGCGUGAGUGCGCAUGCGUAGAAGCACAGAAAUAUCAUGAGUGGGCAUGCGCGGAAGAUCGCACACUCGGAUACUGAAGAAACUGCUGCCAAAGCUCCUGGACACAACGGUCUGAACUAGGGAAAGGCGUCAGAAGAGGUACAUGCCUGGCGCCCCUCUACCUUUGUGCCCUAGGCACCUGCCUCUUCUGCCUACACCUAGUUCCAGCCCUGAGUAUAAACAUGUGCUAAUUUAACCAAUUGUGAGACUGUAAUAUUGUCAGAAAGUGUAUUUAUUUAAGUCCAAUCACAGGUAUUUCAAAAGUAUGGCCACAAUGAUUUUCCUACGUUUUGCAUUUUGGAUCAACUUCAUAAUCAUUAAGACGAUAUAUGGGAGUCGGUAAGUUAAUAUGCCAGAUAUUCUUUGGCAAAACCACAUAAGAGUACAAUUUGGCAUGUGGCAUCUCAUACCAUUCUAGACAUUUUAUUUUGUUCCCUUGUAUCACAACCCUGCAACCCAAUGAGUUGCUGAAUACAAAAUUGACAUGAAUAUGACAACAUUAUCCAUUUAUUUCCUCUAUUAUCUCUUCGGCUUAAGGGUUGUAAAGCAAUAAUUAGUGAUCUAGUGGUCAUACUUACUUUCUGUUACACAGUAACCUUACUUAAAGAAAUUAAAAUGAAAUAUAUUAUUAUGCAACUAGAUACCUAUUUUCAGAUAAUGGAAUAUUAUCAGCUCUAAUUAACUAUACAUUACGCAUUGUUUUUGUUUGAAUAUUCGGAAGGGGUUUUUUACAGAUAGAGCUGUGAAGAUGUGGAGUUUUCUCCUUGAAUCAGUUGUACUG